ACAGAGAGUCACGACCUCCAUUGUUUUGGUUCUCCUUGGGGCUGGGUUAUAAUCAACGUCUGAAAGUGAGAGAAUUGAAUUUGUUUUGGUAGAUUAUCUGACAAUGAAAUUAUGAAAAGGAAGCUCGGGAUUUUAGAUUUGUGUAAACUUAAUAUUUAUCUAAUAAUUGAAGCAGCCAUAGUACAUGAACGAACUCGGCAACUCGCUUGCGCAAUCUCCAUUUCUACAGAAGAAGAAGAAGAAGAAGAAGAGGAAGAAGAAGAAGAAAGGGCAUUUCUCAUGUAUUGUGGUUGUAGUUGAUCCGUUGUCGAGCUUUUGUUUUCCGAUCUUGAUUGAAGCAUCGAUUCAGGUAAACAAAACGCCCUCCUUAGAUCUUCUUAAUCUAGCGAACCCUCCGAGACGUUCAAAACCGAGAACGUUUUUAAUAGUAGCCGAAGAUGUUAGGAUUAGGAUUAGGUCUUCCGUUAAAUCCUGUCAACGUAUUCAAUCGAUGAUAUAUGGUGUUAGACGGAUGUGAGAUGAGUCGGUCUCCUUCUUUCUCGUUGAAGACAGAAUCCGGUUGUAAGGUUGACCCAAAAGCUUUGAAGCGAUGGGUUGUCGCUUUUUGUAUCAUUAGGUUCGAUCUUGAGCAGGGUCAGGUCAUUGAGGAGUGUUAUCCACCGGAUUGUCUCACGCAAGAUGAAGAGCUCGAAAUUGCUUUCAGUUCCUUUCCUGAUUCUGUGUCCCAGCACCAAAACCGCUCGAGCAUCCACGACUGUAUCUUCUUUUUUCGGUUCCGAAGGCGAGAGACUACUCAAUUGGGAAAUGUAUCUUCUUCGGAGAGAGUUGAAGCAGAAGAGAAAGUGGUAUCUCCAAAGUCUGUAGAUAAUAGGGCACUCAGAAGGUCGAGCAGUAGCAGUAAUGCUAAUAGCCCAAGGUACAUGUAUGGCUAUGUAUUCAAUAGGCAAAGGCAGGAUGAGAGGCUAAAGCGAGGAGGAGAGCAGAAGUCUGUGGUCAUAUUGUCUUACUGUCCGUUCUCGAGUGUGUUCAGGCCUUUGUUACAAAUAUUAGGUCCUCUGUUUUUUGACAUUGGUAAGAGAGCUCUGGAGCAGAUUGCUUCUUGCGUCUCAACAUGGCCUGCUCCUGUACCAGGUAAACUAAUGGAACUUCCUAUAGGGAACGCUACACUUAAAGUAAACCUGCCGCCUGCUCAUAGCUUGCCAUUGGAGUGGGGGGUCGUGUCGGAUGAGUCUUUCUCCUCUAUGGCUCCUUCUCUUCCUACAAACCAGUCAGUCCCGCAGGGUCUCUUCCAUGAUGCUGAUCUUUUUGGUAUAUUCAGGGGGAUUCUUUUGCAGCUUUGGGUGCUCUGGGAGCUCUUGAUUAUCGGUGAGCCCAUUCUUAUAAUAGCGCCAACGCCACCUCAGUGUUGUGAAGCUGUUGCCAGCCUUGUAAGUCUAGUCACCCCACUCUUGUGUAGUGUUGAUUUCAGACCUUACUUCACCAUUCACGACCCGGAUUUUGCCCAUCUCAACUCUCUUAGUGAAGGAGACACUUUUCCUCCAGUGGUUCUGGGUGUGACAAAUCUCUUCUUUCUUAAGGCUCUUCGAAAUAUCCCCCACAUUGUUUCAGUUGGUAGCCCUGCUCCUAAUUCGAACCGGUUGGCUGCUGCUCCCAGGAUCUCCUCUACUGGCAGGAUUUCUGGUAAACCAGAAGGACUUGGUUUACAACAACUUUCCUUAAAGAGGUUUUCUCCAUCAAGUUUGUUGAGUGCUGUAAAGUUGAGGAGAGAUGGUCCUCUUUGUCUCAUGACAGAACACAAGGAAGCCAUUUGGAGCACCUAUGCUGCUACAACCAAACCAGACACUGCUAUCUUAAAUAGGCUUAUUGAUGCAGGCAUGUCCCCAAGGAUUGAGGAGUCAAUGUCAGUUGUUAACAAUGAGAUAUUGAGGCGGCAUUUUUUUGAACUUACUACCAACUUCCUUUCUCCUUUUGCUCGAUACUUGAGAGCCACUACACCUUCAGAAGGAACUUCUCCUUUCCUAGAUCCUCCUCCCCUGCCUCGAUUUGAUGCUGAAGAAUUCCUGGACAACUUAUCAGCAAGGGGUCCAGGGAAGUUCUUGUCAAAGAGGAUGAGGGCUAAUUGGCUGGACCUGUACAGGCGCUUUUUGAAAGGACACAACUUUCUGCCAUGGUUCCAGAGAAGGCGUGCUGUUGCUGAACAAGAACAACAGAGAUUAUGGAGGCAGGCAAGAAUGAGGACCAACAUCCAAGAGUUCAUAUCAAAAAUGUCUGAACUGGAAAUUGUUGAUUCAUUCAAUGCUAUUGAGAGACAUUUACUUGGAGAAAUACAGUUGCAACAAUCUGGAAAAGGGAGUGCAGACUCUGCAGCAGUUUGUCAAAAACUGAAGGGGGAUCUGCAAACAGUGUUCAAUGUGCUUCCUAAGGACAUGCAGCAGCUGCUACUAUUCAACCCACAAAGGGCAUCCCUUUUACAAGGUAGCCUUGAACUCACAAAACUACCAGGGCACCCCUCCAUACACGCUGGAGUAAUUUCAAGCUCACCUGGGUAAAAUCAAAGUGAUGUCAUGGCAUUAGUUGGCCCUAGUAAAAGAAGAUGCUCCUUUCCUAUGGUGCCAAUAAAAUCCAGAACUCAGCAUCGUUUCUUUAUGCCUGUCUGUGGAUUGAUAGCUUGUCUGAUUUGGGUCUCAUUUAUUCUUCUAGGACCAAUGGAAGUGCAAGAACUGCAUUAUUUAAGGAGCGAUGAGUUAGGUCUCUCCAAAAUAUUUGGAGAUAAAUCUUUUUCCCUCUUCCUUCUAUCGUCAAACCGUCAGGCCAAACAAGGGAAGGAUCAGGUGGGAACUACGAUUUCAAAUUCAUGGUUCUUUAAUAUAUUGCUGAUGUGUGAAACACAACUAGUUUGUAAAACCAGGAACCUGUAAUGUGUACAAAACUUGACAAUUUACAGUGUAUUCUCAUUCUCAUGUUUUACUAAUGAAUUUUGACAAUCACGGAUUUCGUAA